AUGAGUUCAAAAUUCGAAUCAAAGACGAGUGAGGCUAUCAAAGAUGGGAUUCUCUCUGGUGCCGCAUGCGUAGCUGGCCGCAAGGAUGGAACGAUAUUCUACCAGCAGGCUUUUGGUAGAACAGGGGCAGAGCCGGAUGCUGGUCCCAUGAAAUUGGACACAGUCAUGUGGAUCGCGAGCUGCACAAAGCUCCUUACCUCAAUCUCUGCCAUGAAGUGCGUCGAAAAGGGCUUGUUAGAGCUUGACGCGCCCAUCACCAAGGUCCUGACCGACUUCGAGCAUCCUAAUAUCCUGGACGGCUUUGAUGAUUGGGGAAAGCCCAAACUAAGGAGGUCGACUAAAGCAAUCACCCUUCGACACCUGUUGACGCACACCUCUGGAUUCGGUUACAUCGGCAUGAACCAGAGUCUGACACAGUUUGCAGUAGGGAUUUUCAGCGAGCCCCCAAGCUUUGGGCUAAACUCGCCAAAGUACAGCUGCCAGGUUCCACUGGUUGCAGAGCCCGGCGAGACCUGGGAGUAUGGGGUCGGGCUCGAAUGGGCCGGAAGGAUGGUCGAACGAGUGAGCGGAAAGACACUCGGUGAGUACAUGCGUGAGAACAUUUUCGACGUCCUGGGGAUGACUUUCACCACAUUCCAUCCUUGGGACAAUCCAGAAAUCAUGGCUCAUAUGGGCGGCCGGACCUGGCGAGAUCACACGACAGGGAAAUUCACCAUUGAUCGGAGCGGCUGGUUUCCCGAGUCAGAGCGGCCUGAACAAGAUUACGGUGGUGGUGGCUCUUACAGCUGCGCCCUGGACUAUGUCAAAGUUCUCAUGUCGUUGCUCAUGGACGAUGCGAAACUGCUGAAACCGGAAACGGUCGAGACAUUUUUUGCACCGCAGGUCGAGGACACAACGUCGCUACAGAGCGAGCUGACUGCCGGACCGAUUUCCAUCGGCGCCACCAAUGGGCUGCCCAAGGAUGACUGUAAGUUCAAUUACGGGCUCGGGGGUGCCCUGUGUACGAACAGUAUUCCUGGGCAUUUUGGUCGCGGUAUGAUGUUCUGGAGUGGGCUUCCCAACUCCUUCUGGUUCAUCGAUAGAGAAGCAGGCUCCUGCGGAAUGUACCUCUCGCACAUCUUCCCACCAGGAGAUGGUCCUACACAGGCACUCAAUGCCGAAUUUCAACGCUUUGUAUAUUCAGCAUCGGUUUCAGACUCAUAG